GUAACUCUACUUCCUCUAGUGGCUCGAUUAGAGAAAUCGCAAAAUAGCUUUUCACACUUUCAGUGUUCACAGGCUCUCAGCACUGUACACAGAAAUGGACAACAAUGCUCAAGGAGGUAAAGCUUAUGGUCUUCUCAAGUCUCAACAGGAAGAACAACUGAACUCUAUCAAUGAGGCUUUUCUCUCAGAUCCCCAGUAUGCAGAAGAGGAAGACCUUAGCUCAAAGCUUGAAAUGUUUAAAAAGAAGUACAUGGAGUUUGAUCUUAACGACAAAGGAGAAAUAGAUUUAAUGGGGUUAAAACGAAUGCUGGAAAAACUUGGAUUGGCCAAGACUCACUUAGAGCUGAAAAAGAUGAUGUCAGAGGUUGUUGGGGGGACAUCGAAAGACACCAUCAGCUACAACGACUUCCUGAACAUGAUGCUGGGAAAAAGAAAUGCAAUUCUAAAACUGAUAUUGAUGUUUGAAGGCAUGGGAAAGGAGCAGGACAAAGAUGUUGCACCACCUCCUCGCAAAACCUUUUCAGACCUGCCCUAAAGAAGCUCUCCAUUCCAACAGGAAAUUAUUGAAACAUCACUUAAUGCUUUAAAAUGAAUGUCAAUAGGAAGACAAAAUAUCAAACUUAUGGUUUUUGUGAAAUAAAAGAAUCUACAUAAGA